GGAGGAGUGCUGGCGCGCUCAUGUGAUGAGAUCUUACACUGAUAUGCUGCUGUUAGUUCCUCGCAGGCUUGAAGAUGAACGUGAUGUUUUUACCGGUUCUGUUUGCCGUUCUGUAUCAUGUGCAUACUUUGCCAUUGCACACUGAGGAAGAUGAGUAUCAUUUCAAAUCAUGGAUGUCUCAGCAUAACAAAAAAUACGAGAUAAAUGAAUAUUACCAGCGACUACAGAUAUUCCUGGACAACAAGAAGAAGAUCGAGCGCCAUAAUGCAGGAGACCAUAUGUUUUCAAUGGGACUGAAUCAGUUUUCAGACAUGACCUUUACUGAAUUUAAAAAGUCCUUCCUCCUGACAGAACCUCAGAACUGCUCCGCCACUAGAGGGAAUCAUCUGAGCAGUAAUGGGCCUUAUCCUGAUACGAUUGACUGGAGAACGAAAGGAAACUAUGUAACUAAUGUCAAAAACCAGGGAGCUUGUGGUAGUUGCUGGACUUUUUCCACCACAGGCUGUCUGGAGUCUGUCACUGCUAUAGCCACAGGGAAACUCCUACAACUAGCAGAGCAGCAGCUUGUAGAUUGUGCAGGUGCUUUCGACAAUCAUGGCUGCAGUGGUGGCCUCCCAAGUCAUGCCUUUGAGUACAUCAUGUACAACAAAGGUCUCAUGACAGAGCAAGACUACCCUUAUAAGGCUAAAGAAGGUGAAUGCAGAUUCAAACCAGAGUUGGCUGCUGCCUUAGUGAAAGAUGUUGUAAACAUUACAAAGUAUGAUGAAAUGGGGAUGGUGGAUGCUGUGGCCAGGUUGAACCCUGUCAGCUUUGCAUAUGAGGUGACAUCUGAUUUCAUGCACUACAAAGAUGGAAUAUAUACCAGCACAGCUUGUCAUAACACUACUGACAUGGUGAACCAUGCAGUGCUUGCUGUGGGCUAUGCCGAGCAGAAUGGAACCCCAUACUGGAUAGUGAAGAACUCCUGGGGACCCUACUGGGGAAUUAACGGAUAUUUUUACAUUGAGAGGGGAAAGAACAUGUGUGGACUUGCUGCGUGUUCAUCCUAUCCUUUACCUUUGGUGUAAAUAACUGAAAUGUAUUUUUUUAAACCAUAAAAAGGGAGACAAGUUAUUACAUUUUACUCUCACACAGAAUCAUUUUAUGCAUAAUGGACAACAUCUUCAGAAAUGAGGUGUAGUCUAUACUAGCUGUCGGUAAAUUAGCUAAAUUAAAUUAAUUAUUCACAUUCAUUAAAACAUUCAAUAACACUUGAUUUGCUAUUAAUAUGUCUAAUUUUGUUUUUAAAGUUGUCUGCUUUGUUAAAAUUUAAGGUUUUGUAAUUUUUUUUAUGUUUGCAACCAAAACUAUUGCACUGAAAUAAAUAUUUUCUCAGGGA